AUGGCUACUCAAGAUGUUUCUACUGGGAACGCAGUGCGAGAGGCUCACGACUAUCUCGAGAAGACACCACUUGAUAGCGACAGAGCAGUAUUUUCCGAAGAUGCUCUUCACUCUUCCAGGGUAUCUACACGGGGGGGCGACCUCGACCUCAACCAACCCCCAGACGGCGGCUUGCAUGCGUGGAUGUCCAUCGUCGCCGUAUGGCUCCUCAGUUUCAUUACAUUCGGCAUCGGGUCAGUCUGGGGCAUCUUUCAGGAUGCCUAUGUCAGAGACCCGAGCUCGAGCUUCCGUGAUACGAGCGUGUUCAAGCUCGGUUUCGUUGGCGGUUGUGCGACGGGAUUUGCCUUCAUUGCUGGCCCAUUCUCCAACAUUCUCGUCUCCAAGUUCGGAAUUCACACACCCAUACUCAUCGGCGUAAUUUUUACCGCCGUGUCAUUUGAGCUAGCCUCGAUUUCUAAGCGAUACUGGGAGCUCCUACUAUCGCAGGGAAUUUUGCUUGGCGCUUCACUAGCAUUCAUUCCGUCGGCCAGUCUUCCUUCACAAUGGUUUUAUAACAAGCGCAGUCUCGCUACCGCAAUCGGAAGUUCCGGGAGUGGCAUUGGUGCUGUUAUACUCUCGCCCGUAGUCCAGGCAAUCAUAAACCAUAGCUCAAUCGCUUGGGCCUUGCGUUUUCUUGGCUUCUUGAGCUUUGUCUUUGGUCUCGGAGGCGUGGUGAUGAUUCGACAACGUCUUGUAGCAAAGAAAAAGGUGCAGUAUAAAGUUUUCGACUUCAGCAUCCUCAAAGUGCCUGGAUAUCCCCUCUAUCUUGCGUACGCCUUCCUCCAAUUUUUCGGAUAUGUAACCCCCUUGUUCUUUAUUCCAAGCUAUUGCACUACUAUUGGACUGACAGCAUCACAGGCGUCGGGUGUGUUAUCGAUUGCGACUGCAUCCAAUGCGAUUGGACGUGUAGUCGCAGGAAUCAUUGGCGACAUUGCGGGAAGUAUCAACGUCUUGAUUUGUUUCAAUGCCCUUAGCGGCUUUAUGUGCAUAUUCGUGUGGUUCUUUGCGCGAAGCUUUGGUGACAUGAUCGCGUUUGGCAUACUUUGGGGUUUCUUUUGUGGAGGUAUGGAAAAGCUCGGUUCUGCCGUGGCAAUUCAGUUCCUCAUGAACGUCAUCCCACCUAUUUUUGCGGUGCCAAUUGGUUCACGAAUCAUUGCCUCUACGGCGUCCAGCUCUCGAUUCGCCGAGAAUCCGCGUGCCGCAUAUCGAUAUCUCAUCAUAUGGUGCUUUCUGGCGUCCAUCGUAGCCUCCAUUCUCCUCAUCCCCGUCCGUAUGGGCUUUAGUAAGAGGAUUCUUGCCAAAGUUUAG